UGUGUUUAUCUAUUCUAUGGAUUUGACGUAAGAUAGUUCGCGCGCGCGCCGCGUGGCGCGCUCGUCACCAUCGGUAGCGCAGUCACUCUCGUACGCACGUAGUGCAUGGAUGUACCGCGAUCGUACAUCGUACGUGAUUGUACGUGAGAUCGAGCUGUGCGUCCACUGCGUCGUCCGGUCAUUGUGAUUCUUGCGGCAGAGCGAUAUACAGCGCGAGAGACACUGAUCGAAUUCUCAGAGCAGAAGAGAUCUUGGACGAGUGUACACUCGCGCGCGCCGAGAUAUUAUCUCUCGAAGAUCGGAGUGUGUAGUGCGGGAUAUCGAGCGCGCUCGAGCCGUGAUAUGUCGUGCUCGACACAGCAGUGGGGUCGCACGUACAUACAAACAUAUAUACAUGCAUAGGUGGUGAAGUAUAGCCGCGCGUGGACGAACAUCGGACGGCAUCGGAGCGACGUUGACAGUCCAUCGCUGUACGGGCAGGUGCACCUGGGUGCACCGUCAUCCGUUGCCGCGCCGGCAGCCCCGUCUGUCGUCCCUCGUAUCCAUCGUGCUUGCAUGCCACGCUCGGACGCGAGAAUUGGAGCUCCCUGCUGGCGUUUCGCGGGGCUUAUCGAGGUAGGCCGCUUCGCCGAUACCGUGCACGUUCUUAGACUGGCGAUUCGAAGUGCGAUGAAAAUUGAAACAUCCCAGGACCUGACGUAGAUAGCAGGUGGGUGAAUGAAAAUCGCCAGAGUGGCCGCCAUGACAAAACUCGCGCCGUAGUUAAGCAAUGUUAGUGACUGCCUCCCCGAUGGACAAUCCCCCGAAAACGUUGUCGGUGCUCGAGGAGGAGGCGGCGAACAUCGACGACGCGUUCCCGCCGCACGUCGAUACCAGCAACAUUGUCAUACAGCCGGAGUCGCCGACCAACAAGAAGCAAACCUUGAAGACCUUCACCGAGGUGAACGCACUGCUACAAGCCGAACCGCCAAGAAAACGGGAAGUAAAGCUGAUCAUACGGGAGAACGGUUGGCCGCUCAACAACGGCAUUAGGGCGCAACUCUGGCCGGCACUCUGCAAUCAACACGCGCAAGGCAAAAACAUGCUCAACGGAUUCUAUUGGGACAUGGUGAAUCAAGUCUUUGGAACAACAGAAUUACCAGAAAAGUCAAUCAUGCUACCACCGUUCGUCGAUAGUACACAUUGCUUAUCUUACAAUUUAACGAUAAAGGGCAGAAACGUAGCGGACAGAAUCGUAUCGGUACUGGGAUACGCUUGUCCUGACAUCACCUACAGCCCGUCCCUUUAUCCAUUAACUGCACUUCUCUUGCAUUUUGUGCCAGAGGAGGAAUGUUAUCACUGUAUGGCCACUUUGGUAGCAGCCAAAGAGAAAAUGUUCAUCACGCAAACUAAACUGCUUUACGAAGUUACGUGGAAAACCGUAGAACAGAUCACCAAAAAACACGUCAAAUCAGCUGCUGUACAUUUAGCGAGGCAUUGCUCCGGCUCAAGAGCAGAAAGAAUCUACAUGGACUGGAUCUGGUGGAUUCUUCAACUUCUUCCAUUUCAACAUCUAGUCAGGGUUAUGGACUGUUUUCUUCACGAAGGCAUUAAGGUCUUCUAUCGGGUUGCUAUGGCUAUAGUUUUAUUAUUCUAUAAGCAUUCUUCGUCGCAGAGUUCGGAAUGGAUGAAUGAGAUUUCGAGGAAUGGCAUAGAUGCUGCUCUAUCUAAGUUUUGUAGACAAAUACCAGUGACGCCCGCCAAGUUUCUGCGCACUGCUUUUGGGAUUCGCGGACUCAGCUCAGCAUACAUAUCACGGGUCUUUCUACGCACGGAAAUGGCUCUCAAGAGUAAGAGUGUCUUGACGGGACCCCGAUCCUUAGCCAGAUCACGCUCGACAGACAAUCUGCCUACCAGUCAGUCCCAAGUCAAUAUUCAGAUGAUGUCACACACACUCACAAUACGAGAAAAAGAAUGUGAAGACACGUACAAAGACAGGGGCGCACACAGUCCUGGACCACGCGCCCUGUCAAUGGGUGUUUACCCCAUACAAAGUAUAUGCUCCCAGAUCCUAGAUAUGCCUGAUUUAUUUACCUUAUGGUCGUGGCUACCGAUGAGAAUCACGAUGUACCAGCCUAUUUUGUUAUAUACGACCGAGGAACAUGGAUGCUCGUUAACGACGUUCUAUGUACGAGUUGAGCAACACGAGCCGACCCUUCUGAUGAUAAAAACCUGUAACAACGAGGUAUUUGGAGCUUACUGUUCGACAAGAUGGUGCGAGCGUAAUUUGAAAGAUGACAGAGGGCACAGACAAGCGUAUUUUGGUACUGGCGAGACAUUCCUGUUCAGCUUAUAUCCUGAGCGAGCCAAGUAUCCUUGGAUAGGCAUGGAUUCAUCGCACAACGAUUCCAGAGUACAUCACUCGGCUGAACUAUUUAUGGCCGCGGAUUCGAGAAUGAUAACUAUCGGUGGCGGAGACGGUCAGGCGAUCUGGAUGGAUGAAAACAUAAGAUUCGGCAAGACAGAUCGAUGUUCGACCUUUAACAAUCCACCUCUCUGUGCCAGUGGUGAUUUCGAGAUCAGAGUGUUGGAGGUAUACGGCUUUUCGGGUGCCUGAAGAGAGGGAACAAACAGCGGUGUAUUAGUUUGUUUAUUCCCUACUGCCAUUUAGCGACUCUCUUUCUACAUAUACGUACUAAACGUACUGUGUUAUGUGUCAUAAAUGUGUCCCCGCGUAUCGCCCUCUUUAGGAAACUAGCAUGCAAACAACGCACAACAUAGAAUUUAUUCCAAUGCAGGAGGACAAAAAUAUUGUAUUUGGUUGUAUAUAGACAUAUAUACACAAUUUGCAUUUUCUUUUUCUCAUUUUCAGAUUGUGAGAUAGUUCGAGUACAUUAAUUUGGUAUUAAAAUUUAAAGGAAAUAUUGGUAAGUGUAUAUAUUUACACAGAAAAAAUGAGUAUAGAAAGAAAGAUAAAAGCAUAAAUAACUUUAUAUAUAUGUUAUGACAAAAAAUUUGAUUGUUCUAUAUUAAUAAUGUAAUACCAAGUGUAUAAGGUUCAUUAUGUUCAUCUAUAAGUAUCCAGCUGACUGGAUUUUUUAUAUAGAUCUAAUAAUCUAUAGCAUAUUCCUGUAUAUUAAAUGUAUAAUUAAAUGUAAAAAUACUUCAAAAAAACUUUUACGUUCUUCUAAACGAAGCUAUUUAACCCUAAAAAGGAUUUCCGCCAAAUAUCAGUUUUGAAAUAAUUACUUGAUAUAUCCUUGCUAAACUCUUAAAUUUUACUAGAUUUAAUUUCGUAAUAUUUAUUUGGUCGAGCAAUUGAAAAGAAAAAUAAUGUUAUUUAUAGAAAAUAAAAAUAUUACAAUUUUUCGCAUUUAUAUGAUACAAAAAAAAUAUAUGAAGUAAAAACUGAUUAAAUCUUAUCAAAUAUAUAUAAAGUGACAUCUAUGUUUAUAAACUGUUAAUUUAAAAUUAAUUUAUUAAAACUGAGGUAUAUAAUAAAAUACAGAAAUUAUAAUAAUUAUAAUUGGAACAUUGAGACUGCGAUAUAACAUUUGUUUAAAUACCAUAUAUAUAUAUAUAUAUAUAUAAAUAUAAUAUGUGUACAUAUUCAUUUAUUAUUGUUUUUUUUCCUAAUUCUUAACAUAAUAUAAUAAAUUAUGAAGAGCUGGCAAGGUAGUUAAUAAUUAAACAAAGCAAUAUAAGUUUAUAUAGAUAAUGUAGAGAUAUGUGCGUGAAGUCCUCAUUAAGAACUCUGAUACUAUACAUAAUAAUAUUGAAAUUAAUAUAUACUGUGUAAGAAAAACAUAAUAAAUAUUAUGUUUUUUUUACAGACAAUCUAUAUGCAAUCAAAUCAAAUAUCUUUGUCCUAGAUUGGAUACAUUUCACAGUGUACAUUGAGAGACACGCUCUGCCAAGUGACAACUUCUUGCGACAAUUAUUGUCAACUAUACAUCUUCCGACUAUUAUUGGUGGCAAUAAUUGAUUAACAUCGAGUAUAAUUCUUGAGACUCAUAUAUAAUCUUUAAUGAUAUACUGAUAAUGAUGGUUUUUCAGAGCAAUUAUUCGUCAACGAUAUAAUUAUCAAGAGUAUUGUCGGUAGUAAUUGAUCAAUAUCAAUCACUUAUAGAUUCAUAAAACAAGUAUGUUUUAUGGAUUUGUAAGUAUUUAUAGUUAUAAGAUAAUUAGAAUUACAUUUCGAACGCGGGUAGCUUAUUAUGCCAAUUAUUGUCGGCAAUGUAGUUGCAAAGUGUUGCGGGCAAUAAUUUGAUAAUUUUAUGUAUGGAUUAAUCCAUACGCGAUAAAUAAAAAGGUAUGUUUAUAUUAAUAAAAUAUUGUAUUUUUUUCUAAACAUACCUUGGCAUAUCGAGAAAUGUAUCUACGAUUGCUUAUACAAUAGUAGUAUUGCUUAUGAAUAUAUCGAGGCGAGAAAAGUAAGACUAUAGACUUUGGCGUUUCCUCUGCCUCUUGAGAUUAUUUUUUUUUGUCAUUUUCUUCAUUUUCAAAUACAAUGAUCAUUCUUUCAAUUUUGCAUGCACAUCUAGACGCUUCGGCGGCGGGUGACUUUACAUUAAAUUUGUUAAUUAAGUAAAUCCGGAUUAUGCGAUAUGGGAAUAUUCGUCCUAAGCAUAUUGAUAUCUUAAAAUCGGAAUAUCGAUCCAUUGUUUGAAAAGAUAGAAACGAUGUUACAUGUUUGAAUAAAGAACAUGCAGUAAAC